UCGACUCAAAGCAUCAGAAAUGAUCUUGGUUUUCGUUUCUAUUUCUUUAUUAGUACAAAUUAAUAUCCACAUGAGAGAUAAAGCUGCAACGCGACCAGACACUAAGCAUUCUGAGGAAGCACAUCAACCUUCAUCUCCUCUAAAGGCCGCUUCUUCGAAUCUAAAAGUGAAUUACCACGUCUUCCUGAGUUUUCGAGGUAUGGACAUUCAAAACAACUUUCUUGGUCAUCUCUAUGCGGCUCUUGAUCAGAAAGGAAUCUACACUUACAUUGAUAGCGAGGAGCUUCAAAAAGGCGAACAAAUAACACCGGCACUCAUUAAGGCAAUCGAGAACUCAUGCAUUGCAAUCAUCGUUUUCUCUAAGGACUAUGCUUUCUCACCGUGGUGUUUGGAAGAGGUGGAGAAAAUCAUGGAAUGCAAGGAGCAAAGAGGACUCAUGGUGUUUCCAUUGUUUUACAAAGUGGAACCUAAAGAAGUGAGAACACCAAGAGGGAGCUACCAAAAAGCUAUGGUUGAGCAUGAGAGCAAGUUUGGGAGAGAUUCAGAGAAAGUGAAGAGAUGGAAGAAGGCUCUUUAUAACGCUGGUAGCUUGUCCGGGUGGGAUUUGAACGAUAAUGAUGAAGCGGAUUCUAUAAAGAGCAUUGUGCGGGAGAUCUCUAUGCAGCUAAACCAAACGCCCUUAUAUGUUGCCAAGCAUCCGGUUGGAUUAUGUUCACGGGUUGUAGAGUUGGAAUCAAUGUUAAAUCUUGAGUCUCAUGAUGUUCUCAUGAUAGGGUUAUGGGGACAGGAGGAAACUUCCAAAGAUUCCAAGGAUUUAGCUCAUUUGCAAGAAAAAUUGUUGUCCGAGAUAUUGCCAGGAAAAGGAUUAACAGUGUUUAGUGUUGAUGGAGAGGAUUUGGAAGCUCUUGAACUUUUCAAUAAACAUGCUUUUCUUACAAGUAAGGAAAAAGUGAUAAGGAGGGAUCUUGUGGAUAGUGCUUUGCAUUAUGCUAAUGGACUUCCUUUAGCACUUAAGGUAUUGGGCUAUUUCCUAUGUGGUAGAAGAGAAUAG